AUAGAUUCUGUUAUCGAUAGCUGACAAUAGCACAAGUAAACAUUCCGCGAAUUUGAAAUGUUAGUUUAUGCUGCAGUUUAAUAUAAACGGGGGAAAAUGAGCUCCAAUUGCACAAAGAAAGUUGUAUAUAUUGACAGUAAGCAACUGAGAAAGGAAUGUGAUAGAAUUCCCCAAGUCAACGGAAGGGCAACAUUAGUCCAUGAACUGAUUGUAGCCUGUGGUUUGUUAAAUCAUCUCACCCCAGUUCCAAGCCGGCUGGCAACAGAAGAAGAGAUAAGUUCAUUUCACUCUAGGUUGUAUAUUGAUUUCUUACAACAAGUUAAUGAGAGUGAUGACCUGGAGGCCCAUGAAGAUGAACAGGAAGAAUUUGGUCUAGGUUAUGAUACUCCUCUGCUGUCGAGGAUGUACGACCACGUCCGGGUGAUCGGAGGUGGGUCGGUGGUGGCGGCUGAGGCGUUAACGAGUUCUGGUGCGGAAGUAGCCAUCAACUGGUGUGGAGGGUGGCACCAUGCCCAGAGAGAUGGAGCAGAAGGAUUCUGUUAUGUGAAUGACAUUGCCAUGGCUAUCCUGAAGAUGUGCAAAAAAUUUCAAAGGAUCCUAUAUGUUGACAUGGACCUUCAUCAUGGUGACGGCGUGCAGAACGCGUUUGCCUCUACAUCCAGGGUGAUGACGCUCUCGCUGCAUCACCAUGGGCCUGGCAUAUACCCUUGCAGUGGGGACGUUACUGAUAUUGGCAUUUCAAAUGGCCGCUACUAUGCAGUAAAUGUUCCUCUGCGUGAAGGUGUAUCCGACAGCACUUACUGUGAUGUUUUUCAAAAGGUGACUGAGAAGGUGUUUGACACCUACCGGCCUGAUGCGCUGGUCGUCCAGUGUGGUGCAGACGGCCUGCACGGUGACCCCGUGGGCUGUGCCUUCAACCUCACGUCUGAGGCCUACACUACCUGCGCCAGCCUGCUGCUCUCCCGAGGGCUGCCGACACUCUUCCUUGGUGGAGGUGGCUACAACCUGCCGAACACAGCUCGCUGUUGGGGGGCGGUGACAGCUGCCAUUGCUGGCAGCAAACUACCAGCUGAAGUCCCGGAGCACGACUUCCUAGGGGAGUAUGGACCGUAUUUUGAAUUCGGUAUACAGCCUUCUUUACGGAAGGACUAUAAUACAAAGGAGUACAUUGACAGCAUCGUACAGCAGAUAACAGAAAAUCUGAAGCACGUGGAACUGAAAGAGAAGAGUCAGAGCAGUGAGAAAAGGUAAAAGUAUCUCCAAAUUGCUUGGGGUGUGGCAAAAUGUGUAAUGCAGAAUGCUGUUCUGGCCAGUUUUGUGAAGGAGCAGCUGAAGACAGUUAUUAUCUAGAGUACUUGGUAAUGAAAAUGUGCAUAAAGAAGAAAUUGUUGUGAUUUUGUAAAGUAGUAACUUUUGUUGCUUGUAGCAAAUGUAUCAUUGUACAAGACUUUUGUAAAAGUUAUCUUGUUAUUAUGCCUUUUUGUUAGUUACCGCAACACAACUUUUAAUCUCAUCGGUAUAACAUUUCAAUAACAGUCUUGUAGUAUUUAACAAUAUGCUUUAUGUAUGUUAAAUACAUCUGCUGUGGUAAUGUGUUGUACUGUGAAAGCUGUAAAUUUGAGGCCCCUCCUGUUACGUGGAACACAGUGCACCCAUGUGUGUUAGUGCCAUUGUAUCAGAAGUUAUGCAUGAUGUAGAAUUGCACGACCCAUCUAGAAUGAAUGGUAGCAGAAUACACGGUAUUAAUAAAACACAAAAGGGGGAACGAAAUGGUGUUGGUUUAAAGAAAGCUAAUGCGAAAGAAAAUGCAUUUUGUAGCAAAUUUGUGACAGUGUUUGAGAAACAUAUUGAUCAUAAUGUUUCAGGAGUUGCUUUUUUAUUUUUUUUUAUCCCCCCCCCCCCCCCCCCCCCCAACCCUCCCUUAAAGUAAGGUCAUUGAUAGGGAUUGCACCUGUACCUUUCGGGUAGUUGUAACUCUACUGGUACCAGUCCUGCAGAGGAGAAAUGUACAGCCUGCUAAAUGGCUUGCCUGCACAGGAAUUUUGUUGCACGCCAUGGCUUUACAUAAGCGAAUAAUGAUUAUUAAGGUGGCCUAAGAAUUCAGUGGACGAAGUACUGAUAUGAGACACGAGUAAAUUAAGUAAUGGAAACGGGGAGUUAAGGCAGUGAAUCUUUGUGAUAUUAAUGUACGUUUAGCAUUCAUUCGAAUUACACUGUUGCUAUAUAUACAGAAGAUUAGUUUGCUGUGAUGAUGGUCCUACACUUACAAUACACAAUGGUACAGACGGAAUGUAAAAUGAUUCUAGCAGAGCAGUGGCAGGCAAAUAAACAGUUCAUUAUAUCACAGUCACUGUAAGUUGCACUACAUUCACAGUUCAGAUUCUCAGCUGAAGACUAUACACAAUGGUAGACGGUAUCUGAAAUAGUUCUAGUAGCGCAGUUGCAGGCAGAUAAACAGUUCAUUAUAUCACAGUUGCGCUCCAUACACAGUUCAAAUUCUUAACUCACAAACUGAUACACCCAAGACUAACUUGCAAAUAAUACUAUAAGCUACAGUAAAGUCCCUACUUCAGAAGUCAAACACGUGCAGCAUACAGGCCGUUUGGCCGAGCUUACCUGAACGACUCACCAUCAAAAGAGCAAGAUUUCUGCGCUGUAUGCUCUGUCCUGGGUUUUGUCACAUCACAUGCUACUCUAGUCAAAUUAAUAAUUUAAUUGUAUUAAAAACAAAGAUUCCAAGACUUACCAAGCGGGAAGGCGCCGGUAGACAGGCACAAUAAUAUAACACACACACACAAAAUUAGGAGCUUUCGCAACAGGCGGUUGCUUCGUCAGGAAAGAGGGAAGGAGAAAGAAAGAUGAAAGGAUGUGUGUGUGUGUGUGUGUGUGUGUGUGUGUGUGUGUGUGUGUGUGUGGGCGCGCGCGCGCGUGCGAGUAUAUACCUAUCCUUUUAUCCCCCUAAGGUAAGUCUUUCCACUCCCGGGAUUGGAAUGGCUCCUUACCCUCUCCCUUGAAACCCACAUCCUUUCAUCUUUCCUUCUCCUUCCCUCCUUUCCUCUUUCCUGACUAAGCAACCGCCGGUUGCGAAAGCUCGUAAUUUGUGUGUGUGUGUGUGUGUGUGUGUGUGUGUGUGUGUGUGUGUGUGUGUGUGUGUGUGUGUGUUAUUUUAUUGUGCCUGUCUACCGGCGCUUUUCCGCUUGGUAAGUCUUGGAAUCUUUGUUUUUAAUAUAUUUUUCCCAUGUGGAAGUUUCUUUCUAUUUUAUUACAUCAUUAAUAAUUUAAUUGGAUAGAUAAAAAAAUCUACUCACCAAGUGGCAGCAGAACACACACAUAGAAGAGGGUUGUAAAUAGGUAAGCUUUCGGAGCCAGUGGCCCCUUUAUCAGGCAGCAGGGUUGAAUGGGAAGGAAGAGGGGUGAAGGAAAAGAACUGGAGAGGUCUAGGAAAAAAGAGUAAAUUUCGGGAAAGUCAAACAGAACUGUGGCUCAGGAGAGAAAUACUGCAUGGGAUGAGAAGAAAAGACUGAUUGUUUGGGACUGCAUCAGAUUUGAAAACCUGUGAGUUUAAAGGUGGAAGACAGGAUAAUAUGCAAGACACAGGUUACUGCUUAAACAUCAUGCACUAGUUAAUAAGAGUGAAAAGCUGAGUGCAGUGUUCAUAACAGGAGCAGGAGUGGAGAUGGUGAAAAAUAGACGGGGAAGACAAUGAAAGAUGUAGAAAACUAAAGUGGAGUGAAGAAAAGAGCAGUUACUAGUCAAAUUAAUAUCCUUACAUCUGACCAUAAUUUGUUUACAAACCUUUUUAAAAUAUUUCAAUACUUCAAACAAAUACAUUCCUCAUUGUUAUCACAUACUAUUAUAUUUUUUGUCACAAAUAUUUUUUUUGUAACACAUUACACUAACCAUAAAAACAGACAUUCGUCAUUUCAUUUUAUUCUUUAUUGUCUGUUUUGCUUAUGUUAUUCAGAUUCCUGUACAGUUGUUAAUAAGUAAGUUUAUUAUUAAAUAAAUAUAAAAAUGUACAUAUUAGUAUAAGUUAUCCACACAGAGGCUAAUAAUUUCACGUAUUUGUGGAUAAUUCUGCUUUAGGGAUACAGGUUCAUCUGUUAAAAGUUUAAAGUAUCUUCUAAAUGGGAAAUUGAAAUUUGUUGAACUACAAAUACACACAAUGAUCCUGUAUUAGGUGCAUACAUCCCCCUUUUUAUCUGUUCCAAAAGUCAAUUUGUACCAUAUUUUAAAUUUAUAUGCAAAAAGGCUCACUUUUCGAACAGAGCUCUUAUUAGUAAAUAUAUUCCUCCCACAAUUUUAUACUAAAUAGAUCUUGUGCAUCUUUUCAUUUAUACAAAUGGUAUUUCAGGUACAAGAAUUGGAACAGAAUUCUGUUAACAAAUAGUUUGCAGUUUUUGUUACUUAGCAAAGUAUUUAAAUUAAAAGUGUAAGCAAGUGUAUGGAAAUAUUUUAUAGCCUAUAGAGUCUACUUGAUGAUAUUUCUUGUGCGAUUAGUAUUGUUGAAAUCAGGACAAUGCCAACAAUGAAAAUGCAAUGUUCCUCUUCCCAUUCACUCAGUGCUCCCCUACCACUACUGUCGCUGCCAUUUCUUCCUAUCCAGUGUCCAGUUCAGUUUAGUUAAUGUUGUGAACUGUCAAAGUAAUACCUGACAGUUCUUUUUUUGUAACAGUAUUUAUCAGUUUGUGGUGUUAUGAAGUGCUUCUUCUUAGUCUCAUUUCUUUUUUAUGGUCUGAGAAAACAAUGAUGCUGGAUCCUAGUACCUGUUUUAUAUGUGGCAAAUCUGUUUCGUUUAUUGCUAUCACGUACUGGAGUUUCCAAGCCCUUCGUCACUAUUGAUGUCUCUCCUUCCGAAAGGAUGAGGUUCAUAAUCUUCUACAGAAUGCGGGACUGACUGAAGUGCAUAAUAUGUCAACGUCAAUAUAUUAAGAAAUGUAAUACAAGGAAACUAAUUAAUCAAAAUGUUGCACAAGCAGAUGAUAAAAGUUUUAAAUCCUCUUCCUUCUGUCCGUUCAAUUUGUAAAAAGAAUGUUUCAUAUGUGCUGAAAAGUGUGACAUAGAGGCGGAAACAAAAAAACCCACUCCACGAACACCUUGGAGUGUUUGAAGUUCGCUCUUUAACUGUGAAACAUAUGCUGCUUGAGAAAACAGAGGAAUGUGAUGAUGAUUUUGGUAAAAAGGUUGCUGAACGCAUCAACAGUGUUUUGUGUUUAGAAGCUGCAGAAGCUCAUUAUCAUCAAGACUGCUAUACUAAAUUAGUGUCGAACCCCUCAUGUGUUCGAAGUAGAAGCCGCCCUCAACAUACCAACUUUGAUGCCGCUUUUCAAGAAAACUGGCAGAAUAUUUCAGCUAUAGUUGCAACAACACACUCCUUUUGUUUAUAAGGAGCAAUUGUAAUCAUUAUUAUCUGUAUUAGUAGCUUCUCAGGAAGUAAGCUGCUACAAAGCUGUGUCUGUUGCUAAAGAAGCUCUUUGAACAAUGGUUACUGUCUCACCAAAAUUUGGUUCUCUGAAGCUUAAGUGAUAGAGCAUGGUUAGGUCAAUGUGCGUGUCAACUGCUAGGCUUGAAAAAAAUAUAACUGAAGUAGAUACAACACAGUUAUUUCAGAGAAUACUGUGCAUGUUUUAUUCGCCUGAUGAUUUAAAGGAUUGCUUCAUGUACACUAUGUGAUCAAAAGUAUCCGGACACCUGGCUGAAAAUGACUUAAAAGUUUGUUUGGCUGAAAAUGACUUAAAAGUUUGUUGCAUCCUCCAUCAGUAAUGCUGGAAUUCAAUAUGGUGAUGGCCCGCCGUUAGCCUUGAUACAGCUUUCACUCUCACAGGAAUAUGUUCAAUCAAGUGCUGGAAGGUUUCUUGAGGAAUGGCAGCUCAUUCUUCAGGGCAAGUGCUGCACUGAGGAGAGGUUUUGAUGUCAUUCAGUGAGGCCUGGCGCGAAGUCGGCGUUCCAAAACAUCCCAAAGGUGUUGUACAGGAUUCAUGUUCGGACUCUGUGCAAGCCACUCCAUUAUAGGGAUGUUAUUGUCGUGCAACCACUUUGCCACAGGCCAUCCGUUAUGAACAUGUGCUUGAUCUUGUUGAAAGGUGCAAUUGCCAUCCCCGAAUUGCUCUUCAACAGUGGAAAGCUAGAAGGUGCUUAAAACAUCAUUGUAGGCCUGUGCUAUGAUAGUGCCACAGAAAAUAUCGGGUGUAAGCUCCCUCCAUGAAUAACAUGACCACACCAUAACACCACUGCCUCCGAAGUUUACUUUUGGCACUACACAUGCUGGCAGAUGACGUUCACCAGGCAUUCGCCAUACCCGUGCCCUGCCAUUGGAUUGCCACAUUGUGUAUCGUGAUUCGUCACUCCACAUAACAUUUUUCCACAAUUCAGUUGUCCAAUGUUUACGCUCCUUACACCAAGUGAGGUGUCGUUUGGCAUUUACCGGCGGGAUGUGUGGCUUAUGAGCAGCCGUUCGACUGUGAAAUCAAAGUUUUCUCACCUCCCGCCUAUCUGUCAUAGUACUUGCAGUGGAUUCUGAUGCAGUUUGGAAUUAUUGCAUGAUGGUCUGUAUAGAUGUCUUCCUAUUACAUAUUAUAACACUCUUCAACUGUCGGCAGAUAACAGAUGAGGUCGGCCUGUACGCUUUUGUGCUGUACGUUACCUUCACGUUUCCACUUCACUGUCACAUCAGAAACAGAGAACCUGGGAAUGUUUAGGAAUGUGGCAAUCUUGGGUAUAGACGUAUGAUUCAAGUGACACCCAGUCACCUGACCACGUUCGAAGUCCGUGAGUUCCGUGGAGCACCCCAUUCUGCUCUCUCUCUCUCACAAAGUCUAAUGAGUACUGAGGUUGGUGUUAUAGAGUAUCUGGCAGUAGGUGGCAGCACAAUGCACCUAAUAUGAAAAAUUUAUGUUUUUAGGGGUGUCCAUAUACUUUUGAUCACAUAGUGUACGAAUUAUCAGUGUAGCAAUGUCUCUGUUUGACAGCAGUGGAUUGAUGAUGAAAACAAAAAAGUUGUCAAUGUACAGUCUUUUCAAUCAAGUACCUGAAAGGAAUACUGACAAUGACUAAUCCAAGUUCUUUGUUAUAAAUGGAUGGUUUCUUAUCCAUUAUGUCGUGUGGCCUGAGAGUGGACCUAUUGGUGACAUUUAUAAAACCUUAAUAGCCUAUAUUCAGAUAUAUUAUAAAGAUAAUGAUGCUGUUCUAUUUGAGAAAUAUUCGGAAAGUUCUCUGAACAUGGAAAUUUUAUUCCACAGCUUGUGCAAAAGCUAGGCAGUUUUGGUAUUGAAAACAGGAUUUGUGGAUGAUGAUGCAGAUGUUGAAAUUGUUGCAAAAGCAAUAGAUGCCUCAAAAUUUUACCAGCAAGUGAUUAUAGUCGGUCAAGAUGUAGAUCUUUUUGUGCCACUUAUUGCUCUUGGUCCAGACGACAGAGGCAUAAUCCUGAUGAAGGAAGGAAAAGGCAGCAUCAGAACAAGGUGUUAAAGUUCUAAAGAUAUAUGUAACUCCUCACUUAUUCAUGAAUGCAAGAAUUCAGUACUGUUUCUGCAUGCAGUAAGUGGUUGUGACAGCAUUUCAGCAUUGUUUGAGAAAGGAAAAGCUUUCCAACUAUUUAACCGGUAUCCUUAACUUCAUAAUAUUUCACGGAUAGUCAACAAUCGUGCUUCCUCUCGUGAUACCAUUGCAAAAACACCAAAGGAAAUUUAUACUCACUCUCUCUACACAAAAACACUAGAGCGUCCUGACGAUGACAGCUUAAGUGCCAUUUGAUUUAAUGUUUUAAUGUACUUGUGGAUUAGGCAAAAAAUGCUGCUAUACUCUCUCCUUUGUCACCCACUACUGAUGCAGGACGCCUCCACUCUUACCAAGUUUACCUACAAGUCCAGCUAUGGCUGGGGAACAACUUGAAUCCCAGAAACUGGACUGGAGGGAAUCAAACUCAUCGCUCUCCCCAAUUCACAUGAAACGACCACCUGCUCCAGAGAAAGUGGUGCUACUGAUUUCAUGUGACUGCACUCAAGACUGCAGAAGAAAGUGCGGAUGUGUGAAGGCUACCCUACAUUACACAACAAUGUGCAAAAACUGCCACGAACAAAGCUGCAUUAAUGUGCCUCACAGUAAUUUGACAGGCGAUUUGGAUGAAUGUUCUAUGAGGGGAAAAAAGGCAGGAAUUUGUUUGAUAUAUAUUAUGGUAUUUUCAUUGUCUGCAUGCUGUGCAGAUGAUUGUAAAUAUAUCACAACAAAAGAAAUUGUUGAUUAGUUUUACAGUAAUUCUCAACUUUCAUGAAAAAUGAUUUUCAUUCCAGUAAUUAAAGUUGCAUAAAUCUAAAGUGAAAGAUAAUAAAGCAAAAUUGUUCUGUAUAAAUAAGUCUGUUUUAAAAGAAAUUUCACUUUUUUUACCUUCAAAUUUAAGCACUCAUAAACUAAUUACCUUGCUUUUUUGUUUUUUAUUUCUACAUCACCUAAGAGUGUUUUCCCAAAGUUUGAAAACUUAUUAAAUUUUUUUCCCCCAUUUUUCCUAAUUUGCCUGGACUAGGAGGUUCAUCUUCAUAUAUCAACACAGAAAACAGGAAAAUUCACAGAGACUGAUUUUUCUUGUCUUUGCAAGAUGUUAUGUUAUUUAGUCUGACAUGACCCUCAUACUUUCCUGUGCCAAUCAACAUGGUAUUGCAAGUCUUUUGUUUUGUUUACAAUGACUGCAAAUUACAACCAUGUGUUGUAAAUAAAUACACUUUUUAUUUAAAGAAAACCAGUCAAUUUCACAAUAUUUCUUUUCAGUAGAACCAUUCUAUAUCACAGUGUGCUAAAUUCAGGAUACAUGUAUAGACUAUUCUCUACCGUUUAGCAUUAAUUUGAUAUAUAACUGAGUGUACACUGUUACUGGCAGCACAGUAUUUUCUUUAAACAGUCAGAUGAGAACUGCUUCUUUGAUCAUCAGAUAGUAACUUGGUUUUUGUGACACAAUUUACAUGCUAUAAAUAAAAUGAUUUUCAGUUUAAGAAAAUAUAAUGAAGCACAAUAAGUCUCCCGACAGUGUAGCUUCCACCUUUCUAUGACUGCUGGAGUUUGCAGUGACAGGCACUUCUGAUGUGAAAUGUUGGACAGUGCCAUUAAUU